AUGGCGACAACAUCACAACCCUCGAGAAAAUCGCAAAAGCGUAAAUCUGAUGCCGCCGAUUUGAUCUCGAAAGAAGUUCAGGUGGUAGUCGAAGAACCUUCAACAUCUGCUGGUCCAGCAUUUGUGAAUUUUCCUUCUGUCAAACCAUCUCGAGCGACUCCAUUCACGAUUUAUACUCGAGAUACAGGAUCAACGUCUGAUUUAACAAAACAACAUACUAUCAUAGCUGGAGAGACUGAAGAUGUGGAAUAUUUCAGUACUAACAGAGAUCAUAACCUGAAUACUGAAGGUUCUGAUUGCCAGUACUUACCAGCCAUAUAUGAUCCUGCAACAUCCACCGUCCAUAUUCACCCUUCUGCACCCCUUUAUCUUCUUACUCAUGGAGUAAAACGCCUUCGAGAAUCAAUCAACGCCCAUACCGCAUCAGAUCUUAAAGCACAAUACAAAGCUCAACGAAAUGAUCUUGGUGAAACAUUCGGUACCAGAAAAGCGAAAACUCAAAUUAAAGCUGAAGAAAGGAAUAAAGUCGAUGUAUCUGCUAUGGAAGGUGUUAAAGGUCACUUGAUGGAUAGUAUUCCUGAAUUACAGGCGGAUAGUGGCCCUGUCGAAGCAUCCGAACUUAUCCCAACACCAAACCUCACGACUUCCGACUCAACAGAAGUGUAUCCUCGUGAUUCCCUCAUUUCACCUUCUGAAUGGUCAUCUAUCGACGUAUCCCAUUUACUCCGUGCGACCGAAGAUGAUGAACGCAGAAAACUCUUACCGUGGAAAGGAAAAUCAUAUUGGAUCAAUGGCAAAAUGAGAGUCAUCAUCAAUCUCUCAGAUAAAGCUGCUAGAAAAACCCAAAUGCGAUACCUGUAUUACCUCUCUACCUUGCGACAACUUUUCGAAUUCGCUCCAAGAUUAUCCAAAACACCACCAGCAGAAUUAUCAUCCAAAUUCCCCGGUGUCCCUCGUCAGUUAUUAGAUGGAGUGAUAAAUCGAUUUUCAGAGAUACAAGGUAAAAAAAGAGUGGUAACUGAAAAGAUGAAAACUAAACUUCAAGCUUGGAUAUGUGUUCUGUAUCUGAUUCUAGAUGGAUUCAAUAUCGAAGUUGGGAAAGUGGCAGGUGAUUUGAAGAUAGACGUUGGAAAGAUUACGACAAUGUACAAAUCACUUGGAUGUACAGUCAACUUAGCUACUCCUGCCGAAAGGGAGAAACAAGGUUUAUCAAUGGCCGAUGCUGGUGCUCAAAGAAAAGCCGUAUUGGUGGCUCCUGUAGUAUUCCCCAAGACGAAGAGGAGAGGACCUGCUAAGCGAUAG